UUUUGUGAGCAGGCAGCACACUAGGGUUUGAGUCACGGCCGCGUGUGCAUACACCCACCCCGCCUCUCUCCAGCUGAUGCCCGCGCCCUGUCAAUCUCUAUCCCGGCAGAGAGGGAGAGGACGGGGGGAAACCGAACCAGAGCGGGUCCGCGGGGGGAAGAGGCGCAUGAAAACAUCCAUGGGUGGCUGUGUGGGCAGUCAUCAUGAUUCUUCAGGCAGUUUAAACGAAAACUCGGACGGAACCGGAGUUGCACUGGGCCGAAACCAGCCCCUGAAGAGAGAGAAGCCCAAAUGGAAGAGCGACUACCCAAUGACCGAUGGCCAGCUGCGCAGUAAGCGUGAUGAAUUCUGGGACACGGCACCGGCUUUUGAAGGUCGCAAGGAAAUCUGGGAUGCACUUAAGGCGGCUGCCCAGGCCUUCGAGAGCAACGACCACGAACUUGCUCAAGCCAUCAUUGAUGGCGCCAGCAUAACGUUACCACACGGCGCUCUGACCGAGUGCUAUGAUGAGCUGGGGAACCGCUACCAGCUGCCCGUCUACUGCCUCUCCCCACCCGUCAACAUGAUCGAGGAAAAGAGCGAGUCGGAGACCAUCGAGGUCCCAGAAGCUCCAGCUUGCGAGGGCCACGAGUGCCAGUUGCGUCUCCGUCUUUCCACGGGCCGGGAUCUGCGCCUGGCGGUCCGCACCAGCGACAGCGUCCAGCAGAUGAAGCGGCGUCUGCAGGCCCAGGAGGGCGUGGCGUCCACCAGCCAGCGCUGGUUCUUCUCCGGCCGACCGCUCACCGACAAGAUGAAGCUGGAAGAGCUGAAGAUCUCCAGAGACUAUGUCGUUCAGGUGAUCGUCAGCCAGCCUCCCGCAACCCCACCACUGCCCCAAAACCCCACGCCUGUGGAAAACUAAUGCCUCCGACAUUACACACCGAGUGUGUAUGCGAGAACCAGGAUUUCUCCUAUUCGGGAUUGGCCGUUUGAGUCUAGAGUGAACAUCUCUAGAGGCUUCUCCCUUUAAAUAACACACUGCCUUUGACUUGGACAGCUCUUCGUCAGCAGACUUUCUGGUUAAAAGUCUCAGGUCUAGAAAACUGGAGCCCUGAAUUGACCAAUAGAGGUCCAACGAGGAUAUGGGAAACUUGAUAUCUUUCAAGAUUAUGGAGUUAUACUCUUCAUAUUCUAUUUUUUGUCUUUUUUUUCUUGUGACCAGAGCAUAUGUCUGCAAGGCAGACCAGGAGCGUGGACCGACCCGUGUCUGUCUGAAACGGAGACACUUGGGGCCAAUUGGACUUUAUGAACCGCUAUUGGCUUUCAGCAACAGGAGGAUCACUUGUUGGACUCUUUUCUUAAUUUUUGUUUUUAUUAGAAACUCUGUAACCAAAAAUAUAUAAAGAUUUUUAAGAGGAGGUCUGUUACAUGUUGCAAAAAACCACCCCACCAUCCCAUGAUCCCUGUUCUUAAACCGUUCAUUUCAAAAGAGGGGAUGUUUUCCCCCCAUCAAACACACUAGUUACUUGCUGGCGGUCGUCACAUUUUCAGAUAGCUUUCAGUUCAGAGAGAUCGAUAUCCUUCACCGAUAACGUAUUUGACUUUCUCACGCCGUCUGCGCAAAAGUGUAAAAUCGGUGUUUCAGUUAUUACCCGCGCAACCAUUUGGAUUCCUUGUAAUUUGAGGCACUUUUAUGAAUUUAUUCAGCUUUGCCUGAAGGGAUAUAUAAGGGUUGGAAGGGAGCUCUGAAUGAACCACAAUCUCACAAAGUACUCUAUAUACGUGUUUUGUUUUGUUAUUUUUUAUGUUGAGAGGGAUAGUAGGACAGGAAAUUGACUCAAACAGCUCAAUAUGUCGUAGCACGGGCGCUAACCGCUAGCAGUGUUUUUCAAAGGAUUCAAGACUUUGUCCUGACGAAAGAGAAUUUCAAAACAUUUGCAUAUUUUAAUGAUACAGAAUGCGUUUUUAAUUAAAAGAGGAUGAAACAUUUGUACACCUCA